AUGCUGGCCAAGUCAGAGGAAACCAUCUGCAGCGUCUCGGCUCUGGCCACGCAAUUAGGCAACCAAAUCUCUGUGCACAUGCUCAAUUAUCUCAGCACCACCAAAAACCUCCCUGACGGAUUUCGUGAACUUUCUCAUAUCUUUCUCGACACCUGUCGCAUGUUAUGGGCCAUUGAGGCCGGAGUGACCGAACUAGCCGCCGUCAAUCGCGCCCUACCUGAUGUUAUAAUUGAAGAGGUGGAAAAGAAAUUUGUCUCCACCUAUCGUGACUUCCAACAACUUGACAAGAUUAUUGUGAAGCUUGUUCAGUAUGAACAUCGCGGAACACUGGGAAAGCUUCAGCGAGGGUGGCAUCGGCCAAGCCAUGAACUCAAUCGCAUUUGCGAGUCGCUGAAGAAGACCACCGAAACCCUUCAGAUUAGUGGCAUGGCCUUUCACUGGUCGCUCGGAGAGACGCGCCCGGAGGAGUCUGUGGGAAUUGGCUACGCUGGCUUAGCGGCUGCGCUCGAUCGCGUGUCCAAAGGCCGCUCCGUGAUGGGAAUAAACAAGGCCAAGUCCUUCGAUCGAUCCGCAUCGAUCCAAAGUCAAACUCCUGAUUUAAGGCGCUCGACGCCAUCCGCGCCCUCGAUGCUAUCCGUGCCAUCGACGCCAUACGUGCCCUCGACGCUAUCCGUGCGCUCGACGCCAUACGCGCCUUCGAAAGAAUCAUUUACCACCUCCCGACUCAACCAAAGCAUUCGCCAAGAACCUAAAUCUAUAGCGGAUGACGUGUCUUCCGUCCUGUCUUUGAACGGUUUCCUGGGCUACCAGCCUCGUGAGACCGAGAAAACGCCCUAUUUCGAUCGAGCACUGCCGCGCCAACUGGACAAAGCAGACUCAACAGUUUGUCCCGAGGAGAUUAGCCUCCGCAAUGACAACUAUUCGGAUUAUGCCCCCAGCGCCAAGCCAACGCCGACUCUGCUGGCGCCCAGCGUCAAUCUCAAAGAUGAGACGCGCGAUGGCACAACGUUACUUAUCGAAGCUAUUCGCAAGCGAGCCACGCAGCAGGCCAUCGAAACCUUACUUAAUUCCGGCUGCGACCCCAAUCACAAAGACGACCAUGGCAAGACAGCGCUAUGCGAAGCUGUGAAAAGCGACCAGCCAUCUAUCGUGACAGCCUUACUAAAUAAAGACGCGAAUCCAAACCUCCCAGGACCCGAGCACGUCCUCUGGUCCGCCAUCUACCGCCUAGGCUGCCUGCGCAUCCUGCUCGCACGCGGCGCCGACAUCAAAAAGACCCCCGGUCUUAUGGAACAAGCAACAAGUGUGAACAAUAUCGAUGCCGUGCGCAUCCUACUACAGGCUGGUAUGGACCCAAAUUCCAAAAAGGAUGGAAUAUAUACACCACUCUGCUCCGCCAUCCGCGAUGACCGCCCAGAUAUCCUUGCCUUGCUACUCCACCACAGAGCUGACCCUAAUUUGAUGGCAUCUGAGUACCCAGCGUGGAAGUGCAUCACCCACAAACGCCUCCAUCUCCUCCCAGACUUGGUGGCAGCCGGCGCAGAUCUCCGUAAACCACCAGGCAUUGUGGAGUGCGCCGUGCAGGAAAACAACACGGAGGCCUUACACUGGCUAGUGGGCCAAGGAGGCGCCAAUCCAAACGACCGCAACGAGCAUGGCCACACAGCCCUGACAACUGCCAUCUGGAAGAACCGUCCAGAAAUGCUGGAAUGGUUAUUGGCAAAUGGUGCCGAUCCUAACCUACGCGGCAAAGAUUGGCCCAUAUACAUGGCAACUCAAUCGCCGAACAUGCUACGACUCAUUCUGCCUAGCAUAACUGUUCUCUCCGCGCAUAAGGGUGUCAUGGAAAAAGCAGUCCACGCAAAUCAACUAGAAAGCGUCAAAUUACUCAUCGCAGCUGGUGCUAGCGUAGAGUGGAAGAACGGAGGUGUGUUCUCACCGCUGACAACAGCACUGCGCGAGCACCACUGGGUCAUUGUGCGCUAUCUCCUGGACCAGGCUGGUGCCGACCCCAACGCUCCUGGUGAGCAUCUGCCACUCGUCAAAGCGAUUCGGGCAUGCAAGAAUGGGGAUUUUGCCAUGAUUGAGUUGCUUCUCGAGCGGGGCGCUGAUCCCAACAAAUGCUACCGCGACUGGAACGCGAUCAUGCAGGCCAUUGAAAACCGCGAUCUUCGGUUAUUGCGACUUUUGAUUGAGAAGGGUGGGUUGGUUGAUCUUGCCCAGAAAGAUGAUACCGGCACCACGGUUUUAGAGAUGGCUAAUGCUUUUGGCUGGCUGGAAGGUACUGACCUUUUGUUGAAGAAUGCUCGUCAGUGA